UGGAUCUCUUGGUUUCUGUCUACGAAGGGGAACGAGUACUUCUGUGAAGUAGAGGAAGACUACAUCCUCGACCGAUUCAACCUUACAGGUCUCAACGCCGAAGUACAAAAUUAUGCUCAAGCGCUCGACCUGAUCAACGACAAUCUCGGAGACGACGACAUUGAGGAUGAGAUGCGCGCAACGAUCGAAGUGAAUGCGCGUUUCUUGUAUGGGCUCAUACAUGCACGCUGGAUUGUCACCUCCCGCGGGUUAGCUAAGAUGCUUGAGAAAUACAAGAAAUCCGACUUCGGUCGCUGCCCCCGCGCCUUCUGCUACAUGCAGCCUCUCCUCCCCGUCGGGCUCACAGACGUCCCGUACGAAAAAGCGGUGAAGCUCUACUGCCCGCGAUGCGAGGACAUCUACACGCCCAAGUCAUCCCGGCAUGGGAGCAUCGACGGUGCCUACUUUGGUACUACCUUCCCUCACAUGCUGUUCAUGGUUUAUCCACAUAUGGUGCCGCCUAAGAACUCGCCGAAUGCUGGCACGAUGAGCGGAGUUGGCACGCAGGCGACAACACCACGGGAGCCGCCGCCGCCACCUCCGGCUCCUACUUCCGUGGGGACAGUCAGCACUGCGGCGGCUGCUUUGAAGAUGACUCAGUAUAAGCCCAUGAUUUUCGGGUUUGGGGUACAUGAGACAGCUAGGUGGCAGAGGUGGCAGCAGGCGAUGCGUGACAAGCAAGUGGCAAGGCUGGAAGCUUAUGAGCGGGAAGAGGAUAGCAAGCGUCAGAGGGAGGUGGCCCGAAGCAGAUAAUAGGACGUGUCUUGCUUC